AUGAAGCUCUCUUUCUCUCUCCCUUCCAAGCCGAAGCCCAAAGUCACAGCGACCGUCGACGGGAACAACGCCGUUGAUGACGGCAAUAGUAAGGAGUUCGUCACCGAAUUCGACCCUUCGAAAACCCUAGCUGACUCCGUUCCCAAAUACGUUAUCCCUCCGAUAGAGAACACAUGGAGGCCUCACAAGAAGAUGAAGAAUCUCGAUCUCCCGCUUCAAUCCGGUAAGACCGGGUCAGGUCUCGAAUUCGAGCCCGAGGUUCCUUCAGGCGAUUCCAAGGCAUCCGAUAACAACAUCACCUAUGGUUUGAAUCUGCGUCAGAAAGCGAAGGACGACGCCGCGAGUGACGCGGUUGAAGAUGGGAGAUUAGCUCCGGUGGAGCAGCUUAUGCUGCAAAGUCUGAGGAAAGAUCUGGAGUCGCUCGCAGAUGACCCGACGUUGGAGGAUUUCGAGAGCGUUCCUGUGGAAGGUUUUGGAGCUGCGUUGAUGGCUGGAUAUGGAUGGAAACCUGGGAAAGGAAUAGGUAAGAAUGCUAAAGAUGAUGUUGAGAUUAAGGAAUUCAAAAAGUGGACUUUUACGGAAGGAUUAGGUUUCGAUCGGGAUAGAUCUAAGGUUGUGGAUACGAAGGCUAAAGUGAAAGAAAGUGGGAAACUUGAUAGUAAGCCAAGAGAUAUUAAUGGCGGAGAUGUGUUUUUUGUUGGCAAAGAAGUGAGAAUUGUUGCAGGAAGAGAUAUAGGAUUAAAGGGUAAGAUUGUAGAGAAACUGGGUGGAGAUUUGUUUGUUUUGAAGCUCUCUGGAAGCAAAGAUGAAGUGAAAGUUGGUGUGAAUGAUGUAGCAGAUUUGGGUUCUAAGGAAGAAGAAAAGUGUUUAAAGAAGCUGAAAGAUUUACAAUUAAACGAUAAGAAAGCGAGUAAGCGAAGUAGAGGAACAGAGAGAGAGAGUCGAACUGAAGUUAGAGUCAGUGAGAAGCAUGAUAGAGGUCAAACGAGAGAGAGAAGAGUGAAGCCCUCAUGGCUAAGGAGUCAUAUAAAGGUGAGGAUAGUAAGCAAGGACUUGAAAGGUGGGAGAUUGUAUCUUAAGAAAGGAGUAGUUGUUGAUGUUGUUGGACCAACCACUUGUGAUAUAACGAUGGAUGAGACGCAAGAGCUGGUUCAAGGGGUUGAUCAGGAGCUGCUCGAGACGGCAUUGCCUAGGCGAGGAGGUCCGGUUUUGGUCCUGUCGGGGAAACAUAAGGGCGUCUAUGGAAAUCUCGUUGAGAAAGAUUUGGAUAAAGAAACUGGUGUGGUUCGUGAUUUAGAUAACCACAAGAUGCUUGAUGUUAGGCUUGAACAAGUUGCUGAGUACAUGGGUGAUAUGGAUGAUCUUGAAUACUGA